AUGACAAACUGUGGGACUUUAUACCCCGAUGCACCGACUGACUUCUCCAUCAGAGUAAAAGAAAGCGUCACUGGAGAGGCCGGUUUGUGCAUCAGAGUAGACUGUUUUUUCACUGUCCCUCAAAGUGUCUCAGAUCCCAUUAAGAGAACCUGGUUCAAAGGAGAUCCACAAAACCCAGCUGUUGAAGUUCCUUAUUUUUCCACGAAUACAUUUCCUUCCUAUGAGAAAGAGUGCAACUUUUUCCUAAACCACUUGGUUCAGGGUAAAUCUGAUGGUGAAUACAGAUUAAAACUCAAGUGGGGAGAAGGAAAAGUGUAUAUCUUUCCUCAAACAGUAAAUAUUACUGUUAAAGAGCUUACCCAGAAACCAACAAUAAAAGUCCCAUUGCUCAAAGCGGGAAAGAAGGCUGAGAUAUCCUGCAAAGUUCCAGGGGAUUGCACAUCUCCCAUGGCAGAUAUUGUGUGGACAGGGAUUUAUGGUGAAACUAGUCGUGGAGGUCAUGGAGUGCCUUACCAGGAAGAAAACUUUUCUUUUAUGACUUUUCUUCCUAAGCCUGAACAUCACAAUACUAAGCUCACCUGCGCAGUGACACUUCAAGGAAGAAUCCGGACUGAAAGUACUGUCAUCCUCAAAGUAAGAUGUAUGUAUCAUUUCACUUAUAACACAUCAUCAAUUCUAAUUUGAAGUAAGGCGAUGAACACCACUUUUUAAAUAAAUGCAUCAAAUUGUAUUUAGAUUCCCCAGUAAUCCUGAAGAGCUCCCGUUGUUUCGUGUGGGGAGAUGAACUGAGCUGCACAUGUGUCAGCAGUGGUGUGCCGUUACCCCAGAUAUACUGGUCAAUAUUGAACAGUACCACUAAAUACUUCAGUGCUGUUUCAACAUAUAACAUCAGCACCAUAAGCAACAUCUCCAUUCCUGGUUUCAGGAAUGUCAACACUACCAUUGAAUGUGUCAGUGAGAAUCUAAUUGGUAUGACAAAAAUGGAAAUCCAAGUGCACAAUCAUGCUGAAAAACCAAAAGGUAGGCAGGACGCAAUCAUCAUGUGUAUUUUAUACAAAUGAUCCAAAUCACUUCUCUUAUGAAAAUCUUUAUUGUUCUCUUAGUAAGUUGGAGUUUUUCCACCCCAUGGAUAUUCUUUACCAUUUCGGUUGUUCUAAAUGUCUUCUUUGCUUCCUGUUUGACUGUCGUCUUAUGGUAAGAACUUCAUAAACUCAAGAAAUGGAUACUGGCUGACAGUUUCUAAGUGAUUAGUCAGAGCACUUCCACAUAUUUCACCAUUAUCAUUUUCACAGGAAGAGAGAAAAACAUAAGAAAGCAAAAGAUGACGACCAUGUCUACAUGACUGCAGUGAAGAGACAGGAAUCAGUGUACGAGAUCAAAAUGUCUUGAACUGUUCAACACAUUAGCAACAGCUGAAAUAACAAAGCUUUUAUAUAUUUCGGUCUCUAUUUUCUGCUCAUGUAAAAGGCAUACUCACAAAAAUCAUAAUUUUCUCAUCGUUUACUCACCAUCAUGCCGUGCCAGAUGACUUUCUUCAGAUGAACCCGAACGGUUUGCAUGAAAAAUGUCUGCAAGUUGUGACGCAUAUGACGUAAGUGCCACUCGCGUGAAAAGUGACGGAUUUUUCGGAUGACAUGCAAUGAUAAAAAAGUGAAUUGUUUGCACGAUUUUCUAAUUCAUUUCUUUAGUUUACUACGUGCCCACGAUUUACAAAUUCAAAAUCGUGCACACGAAAUAUUAAUUUUACUUCCUGUCCGCAUUCUCAUAAACCAAUGUAGCCUACUGUAGGCCUAUGCCUCUCGCUUAAAAUGAUUCCAAGCUGCGAGGCUUUUGAGAAUGUGUAUAACUCAUUGUUAACUCAAAAUAAUAUAAAAUUAAAGUGUCUCUGUUUAUAACAUAACAUGACAUAACAUAACAUAACAUUUAGCAGCAACUCUGAUAGCACAAGUAUGACGUCUAUUUUACGUCUGAAUUUACAUCUGCAAGACGUAUUUAAGUGUUUGCUCAUCUGCAAUACGUGUAGUAGGCCUACGUUUCUUAUCAGAUGUCAAAUAGACGUUUAGAAAAUGUCUUUUAAGAUGUUUAUGAUUUAUAAUGUAUGUAAAACUGACAUAUAAAAUAUGUCUAUCAGAUAUUUGUACGCAGCAGAUGCUUUAUAGAUGAAGUGAUCUUUAACAGACAUCUUGCAGACAUAGAUGUGCUAUCUGAGAACAGAUUUAUGAGAACACGGACAGGAAGUAGAGCAAAUUAUUAAAUGGAGUGUACAAUUUACUUUAAACGAGGGAACGAAUUGGUAAAUUGUACACACGAUUCUCCAAGAACAUGUAUAAAUAAAACUGGUUAUCCUAUUUAUCGCUUUGUUUACUUUAUUUUUGUU